GGAAAUGUUUAUUAAAAAUGGCAACAUUGAAGUAAUAUUUUGUGUUUACAUUUCUGAAGCAAGUUAACUGAUGAAAUAAAUUUCCUGUUGAAGUCAUCUGAAUCAAUACAUGAUUUUCAAUCACAUUUGAUACUUCACCACUGUCCAACAUUUGAGAAGAAGCAUGGCAAAUUUACGCAGACACUUUCACUUUAGUGCUAAAUCAUCUCAAGAACCAUUUUCUUUCCCUCAUUUCAGUAAAAUUUCCCAAAAUCAUUUUGAUAAACAUAGCUUCAUGAAUGACAUUUGCACCUGUCUGGACCUUUGCUGCUCCUAUAUUCAGGCCCUUAACUCUUUAUGUGUCGCUGGAUCCAAUUUGGCCAGAAAUCUUUAUCACACAGUGCAAGCAGUACCAGCAUACCAUACUAUUUCACAGCAGUUUCUAUCUAUAUGGGAGGAUAUAAGUAAAGUGACUGCUAGUGCCAGUGCUGCUGUGAAAACAGAAACACUGAUGAUGCUACAAGAAAUCUUAAAUUCAUUAGAAGUUUCCUCAGAUGAAACAGAUAUGGACCAUACAGUUUCUGAAAGUUUUCAGGUAAUUGGAACUUGCCUAUAUUCAUUUAUAGAGUUACAAGCUCAGUUUUCAUGGAGUACUUGGAAAUCCUUAUCUAAGUUAACCAAACAUUGUUCAAAUGACUCUCUUAGGCAAAGCUCACAAUGGAGAUCAAUGGACAGACAUUCAUCAAAAAUGUUUAUGAAUAAUCAUUUAAACUCGAAUAUAAAAAAGCAUUUUUCACAACUAUUUGGCAAAGUUGGACUUUCUAAAAUGAGUGAAUCAGCAGAAACUAAUCAAAUCCAUUUUAAUUCUUCUGCAUCAUCCCAGAGUCCAGAAGAUGCUGCAGCUUACUCUCCUUUUAGAUCUGAAGACAUUUCUGAUGACAAAGAUGCUAAUUGUGUCUGGUCUACAUCAUCCGCAUUAUGGGCAACAUCUGAUCAAUCUUCGGACCAAUUUGGUAGUUCUGAAUCUACGGAGAAAAUACAUUCCCAAGCCACCCCAAUGCCUUCUGAUUUAGAUGAAGUUAUAAAUCUUCUGUCAUGCACUCCUAGUCAACAGUCAUCAAGUAACUUAAACCAUGAAAACCGUAAUUACAUUCCUUACUCUUCAAACAGCACUCCAAUGUAUCAUUUAUUACGCGACAGUGUUGGUCUAACUCACUCAAGAGCGUUGGGUCCACAUGUUUCUUGGGCUAAAGAAAAUAAAGACAUCAACUUUGGCCAUGAUUCUUGGAUUUGGAGAACUGAUAAUAUGAACUGUUCUGGGUUGCCAUCUACUUCAGAACCUUUAAAAUUGUUGAAUGGAAAUAAAGAUUAUCACUGGGAAAACAAGGAACUGCAGAGGUGGAAUUCUUAUAUGUAUGAGACUGGAAGCUCCAGCGAUGAUGGAUCAUCAGCUCAUGGUCAGGAUGCUGAAGCAUUAAGUUAUGGGAAUAAUUUCUUUGCACAACAUUUAUUGUCGCAACUAUCUCAUAAGCGACAUAACAGUGGAGAAAGUAUGCCAGGAGGGCUGGAGAAUGUUUCUGAAGUUAAGAAGGAAAAUUUCAUGGGAACAUGCUCAAAGAUUAGCACAUGGCCAUUGAAGCAGUCAGCAUUUAAACAUACUGAAAAUCAAAGUCUGGAAUCAGAAGAAAGUUCAAAACUUUCAAAUUUUCAGUUUCCAUCUUCAUAUGCUUAGAUUUAAAAACACAUUUAUUAUGUAUACAUAUAUAUAUAUAUUUUAUUAGAUGCACAGAAAUGUAUAUUUUUAUAGAUUAUAUCUGUAAAUGGUUUUAUAUGAGAAGAAACACAGAGUUUAAUUUUGUGCCAUAUCAAGAUAUA